GAAGCGAACGGAAUUGUGGGAAGAAUUGCCAACAUCUGCAUAUCGCACGCUUUCAAUUGUGUUGUGAUCAUUGUCCCGGGGGAUUUGAAUUUUCGUUUUGUGAAGUUUAUUUUAAUCUCUGAGAACGAAGAAAUCAUGAAUAUUGAAGGCAAGUCGCUCUUCAAUAGAAUUAAAGAUGCGUCUAAAGAAAUCGGCGAUAUUUUAGAAGCGAACGAAAUAGUAGAAACAGAGGACAUUCAGCAGCUGUGUUAUGAAGCCCUUUCUGAAAUUUUCCCUGGUGGAGGGCGGAAAUUGCUACAACGAUCGAAAGUAUGGAAAAUCAUACAGGCAUCCUUAAAUGAUGACAACAGUUCUAUUUCCUCAAAGCCGAGCACAUCAACUAUCCGUACUUCUUCGCCAGCACCAUCAUCAUGUGAAGACUCAAGUUUUUUUAUUGAUGAUGUUGAAUGUUCACCAAUUACCAAGCUCAAAUCUACAUCACCUGGCAAUAAUAACUUAACUGCUGGUGACACAACUGAUCUUUUACCUGCCCCUAAAGAUAUUCAGAGUCAUAUAAAACCAUUGGUGGUAAAUGCCCCUACUUAUACGUUUUAUUCGGAUCUCCAUAUUCAAGCUGCAGUUCGUGAAGGGAAGAUGGAUAAAAAGAUACGAGAGAGGUUGAUACGUGGUACCAUUAAUAACAUGGUAUCAGCUUCUUCAGUUCCACCGUUUAACAGAUUCCCCACUUCAAUAGAAAUUUCAGAGAUGGCUAAAUCUUUGAUUAUAGCCUACCCAUGCCUCAAAGAUGAGGAGACUGGUCAUUGUAUGGUACUAAAAGCACUAAAGAGGAGGCUUAGCAACACCAAGCCUGUGAUGAAGCCACAAGGACAUUGUCCUAAUAAAAGAAAAUAUUCAAAUGGUGAAAUUAACCAAGGAGUCGAAGCUGAGACAAAGAAGAAAAAGACUGGUCCACAAAAAAAUCAGGGUGAUGAUCUCGAGAUCUUGAAAACUACAACUGAUAGCUGUGAGAAUGAGGUCAUUUGUGAGAAAAGUGACCCUACCGAUGGCAAAGAAGUUAUGAAGCGACACUAUGCUGCUUUGAUGAAAGAAGUUGAAAAAAAAAGCCAAAUGUAG